AUGGCAAAAAUUGUUUUAACUUUGUUUGCUCUUGCUCUAAUUUUAGGCCAAACAAAUGGAGAUGUUAACGGAGGUGUUAACUGUGAGAGAGAUGUUCUACACUUAGUAAAACCUUGUUCACUUUUUGUACUAGCUCAAGAUCCAAAACCUAGUGAAGAAUGUUGUGUUGGAUUGCAAAGUUUGGCUAAAACAGCCGCUGCCUCACAAUCAGACCGCAAAGUUCUUUGCGAUUGCAUCAAAUAUCUUGAGAAAUUUGGCAUUGUGAACUAUACAAAAGCUAAACAACUUCCUCAGCUAUGUCAAUUCACUGCCUUUAUGCCAAUUGAACCUAAUCCAGAUUGCUCCUAG